AUGGAAGCGACCAAGAUUCGCUACAUCAAGGACAACAUCUACAUCCCACCGGUGCAAAGCGCAUCCAAGCACAAACUCCCGCCACAGCACCCGUCUCUCAUACUGGCAGACCAGGUAUCUGAUCUUUCGCAUAGCUCGGAGUGCGGGUGUCAGGGAGACGUGUGUAUUGCCAAGAAGGCCUUAUGGAUCUAUUCGCCAAAUGGCGAGAUUAAGGACACCCACCGGACUAGAGACGUGGCCGCCACGGAAAGCGCUUUGUUCAGAAACCUGAUCCACGAUGGCAACGGCAGACAAUUGUGA